AUGCCAUUAAGACCUAUUGUUAGCUUCAUAGGAUCCCCAACGUACCAACUGUCUAAGUACUUAUGCAGAAUCUUAUCACCGCUUGUUGGAAACUCUGUUCACCACUUACGUAACACCAGUGACUGGAUUUCCGUAGCUAAUUCUUUGCAACUGGAGCCAGAUGAGACAAUUGUCUCGUUUGAUGUUGUCUCCUUAUUUACGUCAAUACCAACCGACAAAGCCAUAUCUGUUGCCUUAAAACGUCUUGAAGCAGAUCAAAGCCUUGAUGAAAGAACACGAUUGCUUCCAGCUGAGAUAAUUAAGCUUUUGAGUUUUUGCUUUGGUGCCGCGGACUUCCAAUUUAGAGACAACUUCUACCACCAGAAACAUGGAACAGCAAUGGGAUCACCCGUCUCGGUUGUAGUAGCUGAUCUGGUCAUGGAAGAGAUCGAAGAAGCGGCAAUAUCGACGUUUGCACAGCCACCAUCACUAUUUAAACGAUAUGUCGACGAUACCAUCUGCGUUAUAAAGAGCUGCCAAGUAGAUGCUUUCCAUCAACAUCUGAACGACCAGGAUAAAGAAAACAUCCAGUUUACUGUUGAAAAGUACUCCCCUGAAGGGAUUCCCUUCCUGGAUUCUCUUAAUAAGAUCAAUGACGACGGAACCAUCAAUAUAUCCGUCUAUCGCAAGAAGACGCACACUGGUAGAUAUCUAAAUUUUGAGAGCCAUCAUGCAGCUCAGCACAAAGCAGCAGUCGUCCGAACACUAUUUAAUAGAGCUUCAAGCCAUCCUAAUACCGACGGUGAAAAAGAAAAAGAGCGACAAGAGGUCUUUAGGUCACUAUCGUUAAAUAAUUAUCCUAAAGGGUUUAUUCAUAAAUACAAGCAUAACGUAAGCAACGAUACAAAACAACAAAAAGAGCCAAAUGCUAAGAAGGGUUUUGCAGUCUUACCAUACGUUAAGAACAUCACAGAACGGGUAAAAAGAAUUCUUCAAGACCACGACGUUAUGGUAGCGGUGAAACCAAUGAACACCAUCAAAAGCAUGAUUUCAAAGCCUAAGGACAGACUGGACGACUACGACAAAACCGGUGUUAUUUAUCAAAUACCGUGCGCUGACUGCUCUACCGUCUACAUUGGUGAGACCAAGAGAUCUCUGAAGACUAGAGUUUCAGAACAUGAAAGGUGUGUGAGAUUCGGCCAGACAGAUAAGUCUGCACUGUCAGAGCAUGCCAAUCGCCUUGGUCACAACAUCAACUGGAAGGACACCUCCGUCUUAAGUAACGAGACAAGGUGGCACCAAAGGAAGUAG